CUGACACAGUUAAAGCGUAAUUAUAUGAUGAAAAAAAAAAAAACUGAAGAAUUUUCAUAUAUAGUGAUAGCAUGUUUAACAGCUAUCAUCAGCCCAUCUUAAGCUCCGCCAUUUUCAUUUCCUGAAUGAAGAUGAAGAUGAAUAGUCUCAUAAUCCUUGCUUUUCUCUGCUUGGUUCUUGUCUUCCAUUCUUCACUCAUCAAAGCUCAAGAAGUUGAGGAUGAGAGAGAGUUUGAUUACAGUUUACGAAGUGAAAAGGGUCCUCACAGAUGGGGAGAUCUGAAGGUAGAAUGGGAAGCAUGCAAGAAUGGAGAAAUGCAGUCUCCCAUCGACAUUAUGUCUCAUCAAAGAGUAGAACUUAUCAGAAGCUUCGAGCAUAAGUAUUACAAACCUGCCAAUGCCACUAUCAAGAAUCGUGGCCACGACAUUUCGAUUAAAUGGCAUGGUGAUGUUGGAUCAUACUUUAUUAAUGGGAUAGAGUACCCUUUAAAAUCAGCACAUUGGCACUCUCCCUCUGAACACACUAUCAAUGGAAGAAGAUAUGCCAUGGAGCUGCACAUGGUUCACCAAAGCCCGGACCAGACACUGCAGAAUCAAAUAGCUGUUACUAGUGUUCUUUACAGGAUUGGCAAACCUGAUGCUUUUCUCUCCCGGCUGAUGAGUAAUAUUUCACUACUGGUGGAUGAAGAAGAUGAAGAGAUACACACAGGUUGGAUUGAUCCCACAGAAAUCAACUAUACCUGUACGAUGUACUACAGAUACUUUGGUUCACUCACUACUCCUCCUUGUACUGAAGGUGUUAUCUGGACCAUUAACACCAAGAUAAGGACUGUUUCCUGGAGACAGAUGAAACUGCUUAGAGAAGCAGUUCAUGAUUAUGCUGAGUGGAAUGCAAGACCAUUGCAGCCGCUCAAUGACAGAAAGAUCUAUGUUUUGAUAUAAGCUUGUGAAAGAAUAAUUAUGGAGUACAGAAUAAUAAUUCAGAUUUUAUUCCUUUUACUGAUGUUUCAAUUCAUAGUGUUCAUGUUGUAAUAUGAUGUUUUCGAUCAUCAAAAAUAUAUAAAUUUGAGGACAAGAAACAAGGAUUGUGUUCAGAUUUAAAUAUAAA